AUGGUGAACUUUGGCAAUAAGUUGGUGGCUCUGGAGCACAAACCGUGGUCCGACUACUACCUAGAUUAUGCCAGACUCAAGGAUAUUUUGGAGAGCAUCCCAGAUGAAGAGCAAGUGCAACAGGGGACGGCAACGCAACUAGAUGGAUCCUUUGAGUUCAUUCACGUUUUGAACCGCGAAGUGGAAAAGAUACUCUUAUUCUUUCUCCAAGAACAAGGAGAGAUUGCCGCUAGCCUUGCCGACUGUCGGAGGAAGCAUCUCGGAUUAAUCUCCUCCUCUACUUCUUCGGCAGAUUUAGAUUCCCUCCAAACGCUUUAUCAUGAAAUUGCUCUGCACCUGUUACAUCUAAUCCAGUACGUCGAUCUCAACGUGACCGGUAUCCGCAAGAUAUUAAAAAAGCACGAUAAGCAACUUCCCAAUCAGCAGCUCGCGCCUAUCUACCUGGGGCGUCGCGGCAAACCCAGCAUUCUGCUUCAACCCUUGUUGGCGGACAACGAUGAUUCCCUCAACGGACUUGUGCUCGUGCUGGAAACGUCGCUCCGGGAACUCAAACAAACAAAUCAUAAGUCCAUGGUUCAGCUCAAUCGGGAGAACCCGUACGCCAAUUUGCCAACGGACGCUAUCGUGCUUCAAAUCCGCGCCGCGCGCAGGCGUUUGCAGCAGACUAGCGACUUUGUCCAGUUUCUAGCGGCUUCCCUCAUGAUGUCAUCGGAGGUAUCGCUGAUGGGAGAGGAAGAGGAGGAAGAUGAUACCACCGACGAGAAAGCGGGACAAACCAAACCGUCCGAAUUUUCCAAUUUGCUCAACUUACUGUCGACGUUUUUGUACAUGACCAACUACUACAUUGUAGCACCGAGUUCCGGGACGUAUGCCGAAAAGCUAGGCGGAUCGGCCGCUCUGAGUGGAAUCAUUAUCGGAAUGACCCCCGUGGCGGCCUUGGUAUCAACAGUUCUUUACAGUUGGUGGACGUCGUAUUCGUACAAGGCCGCCUUGAUCUUUGCUUCGUCUUGCAGCUUGAUCGGAAACGUCUUAUACGCUACUGGCCUGCCGUACAACUCUCUGGCUUUGGUAAUGUUAGGACGACUACUGAAUGGAUUCGGGUCGGCCCGGUCCAUUAAUCGUCGGUACAUUGCUGAUACGUUUUCCAGGUCCCAAAGAACAGCCGCAAGUGCGGCAUUUGUCACAGCUGGGGCCUUGGGAAUGGCAGCUGGGCCAGCGGUAGCCAGUCUCUUGCACUUGACGGUAUCAGAUAGUAGUCUGAACUUGUAUUGGCAAGUCGAGAAUAGUGUGGGAUGGUUCAUGGCUGUCGCGUGGGCAGUUUAUUUGGUCUGUUUGAUAAUGUACUUUUCCGAUCCACAUAAGAAAGUGCACUUGGCCUCUCCAAAAUCAGAAUCGGGUGAAAAGAAACCAUUGCUGACUAAUGGCGAGUCGGACAACAACAGGUUGCGGGAUAGUGGUGGUAUGCAACAGCAAGACAAUCCCAUGUGGAGAAACAUUCCGGUCAUGACGACCUUUUGGCUAUACUUUGUACUCAAACUAGUCCUCGAAUGCCUUUUGAGUUCGACUUCGACCUUGACUUUGUUCUACUUUGGAUGGAGAGGCGAUAUCUCGGGAGUGUAUAUGGCAGCGCUGGGAUUACUCAUGCUGCCGGCCAACUUUGUUGUGGCCUACUUCUCUAAAUCAUACUUUGACCGCGAAUUGAUCAUGGGAUUACAAGUCACAAUGUUACUUGGAUGCUUGAUCAUUCUCCAGUACAGUUACAACUACAGUAUUGCGCAGUACAUAGUGGGUUCGGUUAUUAUAUUUGUGAGUACCAACGCUCUGGAAGGACCCAACAUGAGCCUUCUGUCCAAAACAAUUCCAAAGUCUUGGGCCAAAGGAAUCUUCAAUAUCGGACUGCUAGCUACUGAGGCUGGUACGCUUGGUCGUGCCGUUGGUGAUGUCUUAUUGACUGCAUGUGGCGAAGAGGGCCUCCAGUAUUUGCUGAAUCGCUCUAUGGGGACAAUGUCGCUGUUAAGCUUCGUCACGCUGCUCGUAUCGUACAUGGUUUACGAUCACCUUGAGCCUUUAGACAAUGAUGACUAG